AUGCUGUUCACAGAAGCUCACAGGGUGCUUCUAACGUACCUUCGAAUGGUGAGGUCGAUUCCUGCGCUGCUAUUGGCUGAAAAGUUUAAGCUUAUAGCGGAAGAGUUUGAAAUCGAUACCAACGAUGAUCCAGCUGCCACAGUCAAGGAAUAUAUAUCAGAUAUCAACUUGGGGAUUCAAAAAUAUGACUUUAAGGUUGAGUCGGCGCGUGACCAGGUCCUGGGCGAUAUCGUCUACGUGUUUGUCAACACGAAACAGGACGAGGUGAUCCAAGGGUGUACGCCUUAUCUGCCAUCAGAGCUUGACGCCAUAAAGCAGAUGAUAGAUUCGAUAAUCACGUCUGAUUUCGAGUUUUGUGUUCCAAUUGGCAAUGCCAAACAGCAGGUGGCCAGCGUGGCGAAGCUACGGCUCGGGGAUGCCGAUUACUUCUUGGCCAGGCUCGUCAACGAUGGAUGGAUCGAAAUCACGUCCAACAACCGCGUCAUUUUGUCCACGGCAACGCUAGCGGAGCUUAAAACGUAUUUGGUGGAUCGGUACGGGACGUUUUCGCCUGAAGAUCCACUGGGAAAGCUUCUCAGUUGCCAUGUGUGUGGUGAAUUGGUCACCUAUGGCGUCAAAUCAGAUAAGUCCAACUGCCAUAUUUCAUUCCACAACAACAAACGACCUCAAGUGUCCCAAUUUCAAUAA